AUAUUUUAAGAAAACCAAACCCAUUUGUACAAUGGGCCGUUAUGGGCUCUUCAGAAAUCACGCAAUCCGCUACCGGCUACACACACUGACACACAAACCCACCGUGCUGCUAUAUAAACAUCGAAUCUAGUUCCAAUUGGAACACCAAAAACCCUUCAUCAGUCUUCGUUGCGGCGUGUCUGAUCUCGGGAGCAACUACAAGGAAAACUAUGUCUCAUCGCAAGUUCGAGCAUCCAAGACAUGGCUCUUUGGGAUUUCUUCCUAGGAAGAGAGCAUCACGCCACAGAGGAAAAGUGAAGGCAUUCCCCAGAGAUGAUCCUACAAAGCCAUGUAGGUUAACAGCUUUUGUUGGCUAUAAAGCUGGUAUGACUCACAUUGUGAGAGAGGUUGAAAAACCUGGAUCUAAGCUGCACAAGAAGGAGACAUGUGAAGCCGUGACUAUAAUUGAAACCCCGCCAAUGGUUGUGGUUGGGGUGGUAGGCUAUGUCAUAACUCCUCGUGGUCUUCGCUGUCUGAAUACAGUCUGGGCUCAACAUCUUAGUGAGGAGGUGAGAAGGAGAUUCUAUAAGAACUGGUUCAAGUCAAAGAAGAAGGCUUUCACCAAGUACUCAAAAACACUUGAAACUGAAGAUGGCAAAAGGGUCAUGCAGUCUGAGUUAGAGAAGAUGAAGAAGUACUGCUCUGUUGUUAGGGUGUUGGCUCAUACCCAGAUAAGAAAGAUGACAGGUCUUAAGCAAAAGAAGGCACAUUUGAUGGAGAUCCAAGUUAAUGGUGGGACAGUAGCUCAGAAGGUUGACUAUGCAUAUGGUUUCUUUGAAAAGCAGAUUCCAGUGGACUCUGUUUUCCAAAAAGAUGAGAUGAUUGACCUUAUUGGUGUGACCAAAGGUAAAGGAUUUGAGGGUGUUGUCACUCGUUGGGGUGUAACUCGUCUUCCCCGUAAGACCCAUCGUGGGCUCCGUAAGGUUGCUUGUAUUGGUGCAUGGCAUCCUGCUAGGGUUUCAUACACUGUUGCCCGAGCUGGUCAGAACGGUUACCAUCACCGCACAGAGCUUAACAAGAAAAUUUAUAAGUUGGGGAAGUCUGGCCAGGAGUCUCAUUCUGCCAUGACCGACUAUGACAGGACUGAGAAGGAUAUAACCCCAAUGGGAGGGUUCCCACACUAUGGAAUUGUGAAAGAAGAUUACCUCAUGAUAAAGGGUUGUUGUGCCGGGACGAAGAAGAGGGUUGUCACCCUGAGGCAGUCAUUGCUGACCCAAACCUCACGGGUCGCAACAGAGGAAAUCAAGCUCAAGUUCAUUGACACGUCAUCCAAAUUCGGGCAUGGUCGCUUCCAGACUACGCAGGAGAAGGCCAAGUUCUAUGGUGGAGUUAAAGCUUAAAUUCUUGAAAGCCAGUUGCAAUGAGAUUUUUCUGCAUUUUUGUUUUCUUUUUUUAUGUGGAAACUUUGUUUUUUUCAUUUAUCCUGCGGAUGAUUAGUUUAUUUAUGUUUCGUUUAUGGCUUGCUCUUUCCACCAAAUUGGACCAUGUGUUUAAAAAAGAAAUUUUGCUAUGUUUU